CUCCUCACCCCAACCCGCCACCUCCUCCACUGCCCCAACCACUUCCUGCGCGUGCACGCUGCGUAGUCAUGAUCACGAGUGACAUCGAGCUCGAGGGUGUUUCCCAAUCCACAUGAUUCGGGACCACCCCACGGAUCGUCUUCACUCGUCCCCACGUGACGUGGUGACUGCCGGAUAACACGAACGAGCUCUCUGCACGUGACACACGUGACACACGUGACACACGUGCGUAACCUCCCGUAUAGCUUCAUCAGACUAUUGGAGGAGAUGACAUUAGCAGCACCCAAGAAGGCCCCGUACGGCACACGAGGGGGUGGAUGGCCAGCACCACGCACGGCCACGUUUGUCUCCCAUUGCUGAUGUUUACACACCACAUCAAUGUACUAAUUUAAGGCUGAGUCGACCUUCGAGAAGCCCAGGUCCGGUUCAGAUACGCGCCACUUAUACGAGUCGUGAGUCGGGAAUCGUACCUCUGGUCUCUGCCGGGUUCGUAGGGGUUAGUGCGUUAACCACUGCGCCACCGCUCCCCACACGUGUACAUGCGCGCGUGCACACCGGGCGUCUCCUCCGUCUUCAUUUCAACCGGGGCACCCCAAGUCACGUGGGACGCGUCCACCAUCGUCACCAUCGUCACCAUGGUCACCAUGGUCACCAUGGUAAGGCAUUACCUUUAAUUGAUAAGCUGGGUGGCGCAGCCUGGCUCCAGGGAAUCAAUCCAGGAGCUGCGGUCAACAUGCGUUCUAUUUACGGGAGAAAGCUUUAUCGCUCUCGCCAAUCCUAAGUUUGUCCCGUGAAACAGAUCUCAGGCCACUCCCCGUCGCCAGCCCAUGACCCGCUAGGUUCGGAUUCGCCUCCGACGCUCGGUCAACAAACGGCGCGGAGCUGAGACCGCUCUCAUCUCGAUCCCGCCCGGGCGUCGCGAUCGAGCCAGGGCAGAACAUUCCACAUUCCCGGCCGAGGCUGUGAAACUCAUCCACCCGCCUGGUGGAAGAGGAAAGGCGAUAGAGCGGUCGAGCGAUGGAGGCGGAGGAGGAGGACUCGGAGCGAGCGCCGUGCACCGCGCGCCUCCUCGCGCACCGCGUGCCCCUCGUUCGCGCCCUGGCCGCUGGGCUGCUGCCCCCCGUGCUCGAUUCGCUGCUCGGGGCGCGCGCGAUCUCCUGGGAGGACUACGAGCGCGUCCGCUCCCACGCCGUGCGCCACGACCGCGCGCGGCAGCUCCUCGACAUCGCGACGUGCCGCGGGGAACGCACCGCACGCGCGCUCUGGGGGCAACUCGAGGAGACCGUGGCCGCGAGGUGGGACUGGCCCGAAGACCCCGACGGAGGGGGCCCCGGAGUCGAGGGUGCGGCCGGCGACGCGAGCCAGGGGGGUCUACCUCGCGGCACCCGCGAGCUCGCGCUGGAGCUCGAGCCCCGUCGCGCGUUCCCCGCUCAACCCCGAGGGUGCGGGGUUUGCGUCGCGCAGAGCCGCGGAUUUCCGGAGGAUGUGCUCGACGGAGCCGUGCCGCUGGACGGGAGGUCGGAGCCGCGGCGCCUCUCGGCGGACGGAGCGGCGCGAGGCGCUGGCCCGAGUGGCCGGGAAUCCGCGGCGUCGCGGCGAGCUGGCGGCGGUGGUGGACGCGCACCCGGCGCUGCGGAGCGCCUCUCGCUCCCCGCACCUCUGCGCCGUGCUCUGCCAACUGUGGAGGGACCCCCGAGUGGGGGAGCGCGGCCCUCCCGGCCUCACCGAGGUGUUCGCGCACCUCUUCGGCGCGCUCGGCCUCGGCGGCCGCGGCGGGGCCGAGGUGAUGGAGAUGGCGCGGGCCGCGUGGAGCGGGGGGUCGCCGACGGCUUGCGGCCGCUGCGGCUCCGAGGGAGUCCUCGUCCCGCUGCCGCAGCCUCUCCGCGGGGUCCUGCGCCAGUUCCUGGUGGCUCUUCACGCGGUGGCGCUCGGGGCCCGCGGAGACCUUCAGGCGGCCCUGGAGGCGGCGUUGGAGCGGCCCCUGGGACCGCGCUGGGAGAGAGAGGAGCGCAGGAUUCGGAGCGACGGCAGUAGCAGCAGUAGCAGCAGCAGCAGUAGUAGCAGCAGUAGCAGCAGCAGCAGUAGCAGCAAGCGUAGUAGCAGCAGUUUUAGCGAGAGCGGUCAUGCUCGUGCCAGUGGCAACCUCACUGAGCUGUUCGUGUUUGGGCUGUUCUCGCCCCAACUUCGCCCCUUCCUGCGACGCGUGGGAUUGGAAGAGCUGGGGAAUGGAGACGUGGGGUGGGGAGACGUGGGGUGGGGAGAUCUGGGUUGGGAAGACUUGGGAUUGGGAGAACUUGGCAUGCGUGAGACGGGACUUGGACGUUUCGGAUUUGGAAACAGAGGGAAGGGAAACGCGAAGGUGGACAUCCACACACGACCUCUAAGCGGCUCUUGCUUUGUGGACGAAGACCUUUGCAGUGACACUGAUCCUGCCCCUGACGAGGACGCCGAUGAGGAGUGCAACGGUGACGACGGCGAUUCUAGCAGCGAUACCGCCGCCGAGAAAGAUGAAGAUGACACGGACUGCUGCGGCGGCGCGAUUGCCGCUGCCGAUGAUGUUCACGACGACGACGACGAUGACGACGACGACGACGACGUGCAAGAGGGGGUCCGGGGGAUGCUGUGGGGGUGGCUGUCCCGUCGCUGGCUGCACGGCGGCUCUCCGGCCGGCGCCGUGUGGGCCGCGCGCUGCGCCAGGGAGCUCGGCUGUCCGCGCGUCACGCGGCGCCUCGCGGCGUCUCUCCGCGGCGGCCUCGACGUGGCCGGGCUGGCGCUCAGCGCCGACGAGUGCUGGGCGCUGUCCGCCGCCGCCCUACGCGCCGGAGCGCCCUGCCGCCUCCAGCUCCGCGACUGCCGCGUGGGACCCGGCGGGGCGCGCGCGCUGGCAGCCGGCGUGGCGAUGAUCCACAGCCUCGAGAUGUUUGGGAACGGGAUCCGAGACGAAGGGGCGAGGUGUCUCGCUCGGGCGCUGAGAGGCCAAUCUGCCUUGCGAGUGCUCGACCUGGGCUGGAACUUCAUCACGGACGUGGGCGCCCAGCACCUGGCGGAAGCCCUGGAGAGGAACUCGACACUCGCCUGUCUCAAGCUCUGGAAAAACUGCAUCAAGGACGCGGGUGUGGAGCGCCUGGUCGAUGCCCUGGGAUCGAACCGUGGCUUGCAGGAGCUGAACCUCUACGGCAAUGAGCACGGCCCCGCGGGCCGCAGCAAACUCGACGAGCUGGCGACACGAAGGGCCGAGGUGACCCUCUUCUACUGAGAUGACCCCGGCCUUCCCAAGGCCACAUCGCGCCCAGCCGAAGACCGAGGAACUCGUGGUCAAUCCACCGCUGGAUGAAGCUCCCCCCCCCUCGCGUCCCCCCCCCGUCCCUCCCUCGCCACGUCGAGCGGGUAGCAAGGGUUAUUUUGACCAUACUUCACCAGGCUGGGCAGUGCGGGUUUAAAGGCGGUGUACCACGACACGUUACGGCACUUGGCCGCAGCCUAUAGCACCUGGUUUGCACGGCGGUCAGCCAUAUCGCUUUGGUAGCCAGGCCCAAGCUUGCUUAGCUUGCGAGACGCGACGAGCGCUGGCGAUUCGGCCAUGUGCGUUGCAGGAACGUCACCCACGGUUCUGUUCCGUCCGAUCGCUUUUUUUUUCCAAACAAACGUUCCGUCGAUUUUAACGGCCGCGGCGAUGCUGAACAAAUAUCAAUGCGUAGCGUCGACGGCGUUGUGGGUCUUGGGUGGCUCCGUGGGGAGACGGAGCGGAUUCACGCCCGGAGCCGCAACGCCCGCACCCCCAAGCAUCUCGCAACAGCGCUCCCACUUAAAUCCGUCCGGCGCACAUCCCUCGCGAUCUUCUCAGUCGCCUUUUUUUCAUUCUACAUGCUCGUCUCCGCCGUACCAUCUCGUCCGAAGCGUUCCUUCAUUUCUCUCGCACUGUCACCAACUGUGUGCGCCUGCUGGGCGCACAACGCAAUCUGCAGCCCCGUUCAGACGACCGCCAAUCUCCUGGGAUUCGGUGCAGCGGUGGCUGGGAGAUGUUAACUCCCUC